AUGGAAUUGCGCUUAAUAUUAAUAAUAGCAACGUUGGCUGGCCUAGGCUUGAGCCAGAGCUAUGCUCAAACUACCUGCAAGAAUGGACUGGGCCGCGUGCUCUAUGAGCGACUGCCCAAUCAGCAGCUGCAGGGCUACGAUGACGAUGUGGUGCGCGAUACUGCACCACCAUUUCGAGUGCUGGAGAAAUGUCAGGAUCUGUGUCUGCGCGAUCGCACCGGCACGAAUAAUCUAGUGCGCACCUGUACCAGCUUUGACUUUCAGCCAGGUAGUCGGAUCACCUCAUUCGGUGGCACCUCCGAAUACGAGGAGUCACUCUGCUAUCUCACCUCCGAGCAGGCUGGACCGGAGGGCAUUGGCAGCUUGAUGCUGGUGCCGAACAGCGUGCACUUUAACGAGAUCUGUCUGACAUCUAGCCGCCCCGAGCGUGAGUGUCCCAGUCGACGAUAUGUUUUCGAGCGACAUCCGCGCAAGAAAUUGAAGCUGCCCAUCAGCGACAUCAAGGAGAUAACAGCCGCCAAUCGUUCGGACUGCGAGGACAAGUGUCUCAAUGAGUUCUCAUUUGUGUGUCGCUCGGCUAACUUUGACUCGACCAUGCGCUCCUGUACGCUAAGUCGAUUCACACGACGCACACACCCAGAGCUAAUGGAGGAUGAUCCCAAUUCGGACUAUCUGGAGAAUACGUGCUUAAAUGCUGAGCGACGCUGCGAUGGAUUGGCCGUGUUUGUGAAGGAGGAGAACAAGCGCCUGGGCGGUCCCUUUGAAGUGGAUAUCUUUAAUAAUAUGACGCUGGAGGAGUGCCAGACCAUGUGUCUGCGUGCCGAGAAGUACUUUUGCCGUUCAGUUGAAUUUGAUGACCAAAGCAAACAGUGUAUACUGUCUGAGGAGGAUUCCAUUUCGCAGAAGGAUGACAUUAGCAUUAGCUCCAGUCCCACACAUCACUUUUAUGAUCUUGUGUGCCUCGAUAAUCAACGAGCCACCGAUUAUCCAGAUAACUCAGUCACCUCGCACCUCUUCUCGAGCGGCCGUCGGCCAGAUACAGCAUUCCAACGUUACCGCAAUUCGCGACUGGGCGGCGAGUUUCACUCUGAGAUCACGGGCCGUUCGCUUAGCGAGUGCCUGGACGAAUGCCUACGCCAGACAAGCUUCCAGUGCAGGUCUGCAGUUUAUAGCGAUCGUUUUCGAACUUGUCGCCUCAGUCGGUACAAUCAAAAGGAUGGCAUGCGCAUUAUAUAUGAUGCUGAUUAUGAUUACUAUGAGAAUCUGAUGUUGAAUGUUGUGGGCGGCGGCAGUGGCAGCGGCGGCAGUGGCAAUGGUGGCGCCGAUGGCGACGUUGGUCACGGUGGCAGCAACGACGCCAAGCGACCUGGUGAUCACUCUGGCAGCAACUGGAGACAGCCUAACAAGCAUGACGAUCGCUACGGUCCGGGGUCAACGGGUGCUGGCAUGGGCGGUCCAAGCUCGCAUGGCGGCGGCAGUAGACUGCCUCAGGGGGAGGGCAUCGAUUAUGGACGGCCAUACGAUCGCUAUCCCGACUAUGCAGCCAAUGAAUAUGAUCGUUAUCCUUAUGGCGAUCGUGAUCGUGAACGUGAACGUGAUCGCGAUCGUUAUCCACCCGAUCGCUUCGGUGGCUCGCGUUAUCCAGGCAGCGAUGGCAUAGGCAUAGGCAUGGGCAUGGGCUAUCCGGGUCGACCCUACGAACGUUAUCCAGAUGAUUAUGCACGCUACGCUUUGCCACUGAUCGAUACUGACAACUAAUUUACUAACCCAAAAGAACGAGAUCGUGAUCGUGAUCGUGAUCGUUAUCCGGAACGCUAUCCGCCCGAUCGCUAUGGAGACAGACGCUAUCCGGAGAGGGAGCGGGAUCGUGAUCGCGAUCGCGAUCGUGAUCGUGAUCGUGACCUGCUGCCCUAUCGCCCGCUGCCCUAUCCGGCCAUCAAUGAUAAUACACUGCCCAGCGAUCUGCCACAUACGCGACCUUUCCCCAGCGAUGAUGAUGCGCCCUAUAGGCCGUAUGGCUUUGGCGGAGGUGGACGAUAUGGUGAUAGUCGCUAUGACAGCCGUUAUCCAGCACGCUAUCCGCCGAGUCGCGAUCCUGUGGGUGGCUACACGGGUCGUGAUGCACCCGAUAGCAUAUUUCCGGACAGACGCUAUCGCCCCUCAUCCAUGCCUCCGUCUCGCUAUCCCUAUGCGCCUGAUUCGCGCACGCCACCCGGACGCUAUGAUGAUAUUGUGCACAGUGCUCGACGUCCAGAGCCGGAUUCGGCUAAACGAUAUCCGCCAGCUCCACUAGCACCCACGGGCAGCGCCAGCAAGUAUGCCUCGACCCCAAACCGCUUUCCGGUAGGUAGUGAACGCUAUCCCGUUGACAUCUACAAGUACGGCAAUCGCUUAGGACCCAGCGACGUAGGCAGACGUCCCGGUUCAGAUCGGCCGCCGCCUUAUUAUGACUACGACUAUGAGGAACGCUAUAGCGAUCGUUAUGCACCUGGGCCCUAUGAUCGCGAAUAUGAUGGACCGCCGGCGCGUCGCCCACUUGUUGGUGGUCCCUACGGCCGUUACGACACGCCCUUCAAUCGCCCCUAUGGAGGUGGCGCCGGCAGUAGCCUCGAUGAUAGGCCCAUACCGCUGCCUGGUCUCGGUCUGGGCCUCUCACAUCCGCCCACGCCAUACGGUGGGGCAUCGCAUGUGGGCGUAGCUGUUGGCGCUGGUCCACCGCGUCCGCCCAUAACGCGCUGCGAGGAGAGCGAUAAUUUCAAGCAGAUCGCUGCCAGGCACAAAAUGCGACGUCAUUUCGUGCGACGCGCUCUAAUCGUGCCGAGUCUGAUACAAUGCGAACGGGAAUGCAUCGAGAGUCGAGACUUUGUGUGCCGCAGCUUCAACUACAGAGACACCGCCUCCAGCUACGAUGAUCGGGACCGUGAACGUGAUCGCGAGUCGCCCAACUGCGAGCUAAGCGAUCGCGAUUCACGUGAGCUGGAUAUACACGAUCCGGGCUCGUUCGAUGCCUCCAACUAUGAUUUCUACGAGCGCAGCAUUGGACGCAGCGACGGCGAAUGCAUGGAUGUUACGCAGACAUGCAACGAGGAAGGCAUGGAGUUUACCAUACGCACGCCGGAGGGUUUUCUGGGUAGAAUUUACACAUACGGCUUUUACGAUCGCUGCUUCUUCCGUGGCAAUGGCGGCACUGUCAAUGUACUGCGGAUUAGCGGACCCCAGGGCUAUCCAGACUGCGGCACACAGCGUUACGGCGACACGCUGACUAAUAUAGUAGUCGUGCAAUUCUCGGACAAUGUACAAACAAGUCGCGAUAAGCGCUACAAUCUCACUUGCAUCUUUCGUGGCCCCGGCGAAGCGGUCGUCAGCUCUGGCUAUAUCGGCGCCGGUUCGGGCAGCCCCAUACCCAUAGAAUAUUUGCCGGCUGAGAACACGCUGAGCUCCAAGGUUCGUCUGAGCAUUCUCUAUCAGGGCAGGCCCACAACAACCAUCGCCGUGGGCGAUCCCCUCACAUUCCGUCUGGAGGCGCAGGAUGGCUAUAAUCAUGUCACAGAUAUAUUUGCUACUAACGUGGUGGCCAGAGAUCCCUACUCCGGGCGCAGCAUACAGCUUAUCGAUCGCUUCGGCUGCCCUGUGGAUCCCUAUGUCUUCCCUGAGCUGGAUAAGCUGCGCGAUGGCGACACACUGGAGGCACGCUUCAAUGCCUUUAAAAUACCUGAAUCGAAUUUCCUAGUGUUUGAGGCCACGGUCAGAUCCUGUCGCGAGGGCUGCCAGCCCGCCUACUGCCCAGGUCCGGCGGGCCGUCAGGAGCCCUCCUUUGGGCGCAGACGACGCAGCUUGAAUCUCACCGAAGAAAUCCCCGAGCCACAGGCACUGGAAGCUAUCAAUAAUGAAGAGGAGGAGAUUACGGUGGUAAACAGCACCACAGUUAGUGCCACAAUGAGUGGUGCGCAGCUGAAUGCUACGCAAGAGGGCGAGAAGUCCAAGGAGAAUGAAGAGCCAGAGCAAGUGCGAGAAAUGAUUGAAGUUUUUGAGACACGCGAGGAAAUUGAGAAGGAAUCGUAUCCCCGCAAGCUGGUAGCCCCAGUGGAGACUGUUUGCAUGACGCCCGCUGAGUAUCAUGGCCUGAUCACAGCUAUAAUAUUGCUAAUGAUUCUACUGUUUAGCAUUACGCUAGUUGCAGGACUGGGCUACAGACGCUACUGGAAAUCCAUAUCGAAGAAUCGUCUUGUAGAUCGCCACUCGCCCAUACACUCGCUGGGUCACUCCCACUCCUCGAUACGCACCCACGAGCGCUUCACCGAAAUUGGGCACAUGCCGAAUGGAAAUGGAGCAACUGGCAUUGGAACUGGAGCUGGCAGCAAUCGCAGCACAUCGAAUCGCGCCUCGAACGCUUUUCGCACCAACAUGUCCAUGUUUGGCGGCUCAUUACAUAAGACUUUUGCCACAGGCAAUUUGGCUCGCAUGUGCCAGCUGCCAGUGAUAAAUCCCAUUCGCACCGCCGGCAACAGCAAUCAUCAGUUCGAGGAUCCAAGUGAGCCCAUCUACACCGAUCCCUCGCUCUUCGAGCGCUCCAGAUCGCUGCGAAGUCUGACCAUGGUCGCCGAGUCGGAAGAUAAUAAAGAGGUCUAAAAUGUAAAGCACAAGGAAAUUUUGCUCGUCUUCUUGUGAUUAGCUGUAAAUACCAAGCGAAACCA